CGAUUUACAGAAGUAUUGUAAGUACAGUUUUAAAGUACACUACACAGACAAAAGUAUCCGGACAUAUUCUUCAUACCAAGACAUUUUGGACAAUGCUUUGCUUCCAACUCUGUGGCAACAGUUUGGAGAAGGUCCUUUGCUAUUCCAGCAUGACUGUGUCCCAGUGCACAAAGCAAAGUCCAUGGAGACAUGGUGGGAUGAGUUUGGUGGGGACUUGAUUGACCUGCACAGAGUCCUGACCUCAACCCCAUCCAACAUGUUUGGAAUGAACUGGAAUGAAGACUGAGAUAACUUUUGUUGUGAACUGGUGUUAUGUAAACUGGUGUGAUGACAGGUGGCCCAAUACUUUUGUCUAUUUAAUGUAUCUGCACUGUACUCGAAUAUUUUUGCCUCAAUUCCACUAUAAUUCAGAAAUACAGUACUUUUUACUCCACUACAUUCGCUUGACUGCAUUAGUUGCUUCUCAAUACAGCUCGUCAGAAAUAUGAGAAUUGAAUAUCCUCACAUUUGGAGAUACACGGUUUUCACUGGAGGUGAAAUAAAUCAAUAUUUUCUAGUCAUUCAAUGAGCACAACAUUUGUAGCGACAUGUUAACUUUCCACGCAAGUGAAACAUGAUGACAACUCUCAUCUUCUGCCACUUCAAGUCGCCGGAUCGGAUCUAACGGGAUAUUUAUAGGUCUCACUGUGCUAAAUAUAACCCGCCUCGAUCGUUUGUCUUCACGUCACAACAAGUAACACUAUCCCAUUUUGUUUUGUGCUUUUUUUCCCCCUUCCCCACAGGCUAAGAAGGAUGAGAGGUGUCGGGUGUUGGGCUAUAAAAGGAUGGAAGAGGACGGCGGCUCCACACUCACCACCAGACCGGAGGCUGUCAAGGCGGCCACAUCAGCGUCAAAAUGACUAUUUGGUGCAACACCUGCAAAUGUCACGUAAACGUCCCGUGCAGCUCUCAUCACCUGCCCGAAGAUCAGCAUCGCAUCUCCUUCUGCAGAAGGUUCAGAUCCACCAAAGGAGCAUCCAAAGCCCGGCGGGACCACAUCAAUCAUGAGAUCAGGAAUAUGCGUGCUCUGUUGCCCAUCUCUCAGGAGGACCAGGAGCGACUCUCCUACCUGCACUCCAUGGCCGCCAUCUGCACCUACAUCAGAAAGUCUGUUCUCUUCCAGGGACUCCCGGCUGGGGAGAGAUCACAUUGCUCUCUGUCAUAUGAGGCCUUUCUUCAAGCCCUACACGGCUUCAUCCUGGUCACUACUGCCCAGGGGAAGCUGGUCUAUGUGUCCGAAAAUGUAGCUGAAUAUCUUGGUCUUCCCAUGGUAGAUGUUCUUCAAGGGGACACUUUCUACGACAUGGUGGAGAGCUCUGAUAUUGCCAUUGUUAAAUCAAACCUGGACAUUGAAAACAACUCAACAUCAGAGAGGAGCUUCAUAUGUUGCAUGCAAACUUCCAAGGCCUUCAAGCUGCAACACGGCAGCUGCUGUUCCAUGAUGAUCCAAGGGAGCUUCCAGUCUUUCCCUCAGCUUUGUCCCUUCUCCUCUUCAGUCUGUCCCACCAGCCAGCCUCUAUUUGUUGCCCUCUGUACCCCCACAGUCAACCGCCUGCGGAGCCCUGACUCCCACUUCUGUCGCAGCUUCCACAGUGUCCACGGACUGGAUAUGACCUUUACUCAGCUGUCCGACAGUGUUUUAUAUUUUUUGGGUUAUUCAGCAGAGGAAAUGACUGGUCGAUCAUGGUACAGUCUUGUCCAUCCUGAUGAUCUUUCAUUGAGUGCAGAUUCUCAUAGGAGUUUAUUGCAGGCAGAUGAGGGCUUCCAGGUCGAGAUGGUGCUAAGACUCCAGUGCAAGGACCUGUCAUGGACCUGGAUCUACAUUCAAGCUAACAAGGACUCUGAGUGCCUGGCCAUGAGUUGCACAAACUUUAUCAUCAGCGAAACAGAGGCCAGAUUUCUGCAAAAGAAAAUCAGUAGUGAUGCCUUCAGACCAUCAUCUCUGGCAAGUUCCUGCAAUUUUGCACCUCAACAAGCGCCCCACACUCAGAGCUACAACACCACUAAAUGCUUUAAAAGGCGGAGGACGUCAAACAGUCAAAGUGAGGAGCCAUCAGGUGCCAGAGCCAGGAGGGAGUCUGAACAAGACAUAUACUAUGCGGCGUGCACCUCCUCGCAGAGCGAUAGCUCACCUGUUCCCUUGGGUGACAGCCCAGUUCUCUUCACCCCUCCCUACAGCCCAGCCUCCUCCAGCUCCCCCCUGCAGCAGGAGGAGCUCAGCUGUGACCUCCUGAUGGAUGUGCAUGGAUACACAGAUCAGCUGCUGUCCUCCCCUGAGUACUCUCCUUCCUAUUACUCCUAUCCAGAGGCAGGGCUCACCUGUCACCAGUCACCCACUGACUCUGUCGCUUCAGCCGUUGAACAAACCUUUGACCAGGCAGCCUUUGACGUGCUCAGUUCUCGCUCUUCAAUCUCCCCCUCCUCUUCUCCAAACUACGAUUUCCAAGCUUGUACCACCGAUGCUCGGUUAGUUCCAGAUUGCCUGUCUGUGUCCGACAUGUGUGAGAUCCCAGUGGACUGUGCCUUGCAUCAAGACGACUUCAGCCUUCUUGAGCAACCACAAGGGGGCAGUCUUGUCCAAGCACAUCAUAUUUCCAACCGUAUGUUGCCUGUACACUCCAGUCUUCUUACCCCUGACCAAUCUCCCACAUCCACAGAGUCUAACCACUACAAUGAGAGGGAGCAAGAAGAGAUUAGUAUUCUGGCUCAGCAGAUCUCCUCCCUAGCCAGCAGCUUUGCCAUGUAUCACACGCUGAACCCGCUUCAAAAUGCGUCCGAACCUGCAGCUACUAACGCCCUGUCCUCAGUCUGUGACUGGCCCUAUCAGCCUCUUCAGCCCUCAGUCCUUUCCCCUAAGCGUGAGCUGGUGCUCGAUGACAGUGUGUUCGACAGCAUCCUGAAAGACCUGGACAUCACCACAAGGAAAAGCAAUUUGUCUGGCCCUGCUGUUGUACCAUACAGCUCCCAACAGAGCUUGUUGUGCAGCAGGAAUGGAUCCCAUCAGUUGGAGCAGGAGCCCAUUGGUCUCUCCCCGACCAUCCCAGAGGACCCGCUGCCUGCAGAGCAACUGACUGUCAUGGAUGCCUUCAGUUUACAGUUGGGACACCAUGGCCAAACAACUGGGUUGCAUCAACUCAACCACUAUAUGCAAAGGGGCCUUCAGCAGGAUGGUUAUGCUGAAGAAAACCUGUACUGAAAUAAGUCUGUGACUUAGUGUGCUAUCAAUUGUAUGACAUAUUGUCAGGGCAAUCUUCCUUCACUGGAUUCAAAGAAGAAUGGGAGCAAAAACAUUUAAAGGACACCUUUGCCAAGACACUGUUUCCUCCAUACUUCUGAAUGUAGAAAGAAUCCAAAGUAGAUUAAGAGCACAGCUUUGUCUUGAUUUCUUAACACUGCUGUCAGCUGGAUUUUUGUUUUGCUGAUGUCUUAUAUUUUAUCAAAAGGGUACUUUUUAAAAUGUGUCUGAGUGACAAAGGAGGUAUAUUUUUCUUAUAAUGCUGAGGGACCACAGUUUACUAUUGAGCACUUUAUCAAUGUCAUUGCCACAAUAAUUUUUAUAAAAGAGGUGUGCUGAUUUUAAGGGACAUUAACUAGAUUUCAGAAAUGCCUGGAUGAACUACAACAAAAAAAAUCAUUCCUUAUAAAAAGAACCAUUUGGUUUUAGGUGCCUUGAAAUCAUGUAGGAAGAACUUAUGACUUAUUGCAAAGUUUGCCUAAAAAAAAUUUACAUUCCUUAUUUGUCCUUCGUGUCUCAUUAUUCUCAGUGUGCCAUUGAUGCUUUCAUGCUGUUAUGAUGUAAUGAAUAAGCGAGAAGUUAAUAAUUGUUACUUAAACACCUACCUCAGUGGUACAUCUAAAUACAUUCCAAGUCUGAAUUCUUGAUUAUAUUUAUUUUGAACAUAUUCACUUCUUACUCUCACUGAAUAGUGUUUAAGUAGUUUUACUUUGUGAAUCUUAAACUUAUGUUUAUUCAUCCCACUUUUUUGUUUGUGGUACUGGUAUUGUACAUGUCUGAAUGUUCAGUGUUAUUUCUGCAAUUUGCUUCUAAUGUUUGACAUGUUAA